AUGGGCAGACUCGGGGAUACCGUCGGAGACUGGGCUAGAUCCCAUAAAACGCUUUGCCUAAUCAUCUCCGCUUGUGUCCUAAUUGUCGGCCUCAUUUUGAUUAUUGCUGGAGCUUUCUUAACGGGCCUCAACGGUGGUGAGUGGAGCGCUAAGAAUGAAACUUUUAAUGAGUUUAACGAACGCCAAAGGUGGAAUUUGCUGAACUCCACUAAAAUUAAAUCUCGAUUGGUGGCUAGAGCGUAA